CGCUGGUAGCGCCAACGACGUCGCGGUGACGCUGAGCUUGGGCGGGCAGGCGCGGCAGUCGAGUCGAAGCGGACCGAAUGUGCGCGGCGAUUCGCUCUUUCUUGAGCGUCGACGUCGACCCUUGGCUUGGACGGGAGCAAGCGGGCGGACGGGCAGGCAGGCAAGCAGGCAAGCAGGGCGCUGCGACGACACACUGAGGCGGGCAGAGCAGCCAGUCACGCAGCCAAGUCGGAUCUUCGUGGCCAAAAAUCUAUCGACGACGACACAGAGACUGAAUCGCAGCGCAGGUCACUUCCUAACACUCCACUACCCGCAUACACCCCACUCACAUCAUCACCAUGGCCUCCGUUGUAGGCAUCGAUGUCGGCAAUGCCUCGUCCAAGAUUGGAGCAGCGAGACAGCGUGGCGUUGACGUCCUCGCAAACGAGGUGUCAAACCGAGCAACGCCCUCGCUCAUCUCCUUUGGCCAGAAGAACAGAGCCAUUGGAGAGGCAGCUGCCACCAUGCAGACGUCCAACUUCAAGAACACUGUAGGAUCUCUCAAGCGUCUCUUGGGACGCACUCUCCAGGACUCGGACGUCCAGGAGCACGAGAAGAAGUUUGUCAAUGCUGAGCUGGUUGACACAAAGGGAGAAGUAGGGGUAAAGGUUCGAUUCGAGAAUCAGGAGAGGACCUUCUCAGCAACGCAGCUCAUGGGCAUGUACCUUGGCAAGCUCAGGGAUACCGCAAAGAAUGAGUUGGGUGGUGCUGGCGUCAGCGACGUCGUCCUUUCAGUGCCCCAGUGGUACACCGACUCGCAGCGAAGGGCAAUGCUCGACGCUGCUGAGAUCGCUGGUCUUAACCCUCUUCGCCUCAUCAACGACACCACCGCCACUGCCCUUGGAUAUGGUAUCACCAAGACGGACCUGCCUGAGCCUGAGAGCCCGCGCAACGUCGUCUUCUGCGACUUUGGCCACUCGAGCUACCAGGUCGCCGUCGUUGCCUUCUCAAAGGGUCAACUCACCGUUCUCGGCACUGCCUCAGACCGCAACUUCGGUGGUCGUGACAUGGACAUUGCUCUCCUCCACCACUUUGCAGAGGAGUUCAAGGGCAAGUACAAGAUUGACGUCCUCUCCAACCCCAAGGCAAUCUUCCGUCUGUCUGCCGGCUGUGAGCGCCUCAAGAAGGUUCUCUCUGCCAAUGCCUUCGCCCCUCUCAACGUCGAGUCCCUCAUGGAGGACAUUGACGCUUCGUCAUCCCUCAAGCGUGAGGACUUCGAGAACCUCAUUGCUCCUCUCCUCGAGAAGGUCACUGUACCCCUCGAGGCUGCCCUCGCCCAGGCCGGCCUGAGUAAGGACGAGAUCCACUCCGUCGAGAUGGUCGGUGGUAGUUCGCGUGUGCCCUCGCUCAAGGAGCGCGUCUCUGCCUUCUUUGGCAAGCAGCUCUCCUUCACCUCGAACCAGGACGAGGCCGUCGCUCGUGGUGCCACUCUUGCGUGCGCCACCCUCUCGCCCGUCUUCCGCGUCCGUGACUUUGCCGUCCACGACGUCACCGCUUACCCGAUCAAGGUCACUUGGGAGAAGGCUGACGUCGACGAGGAGACUGAGUUGCUCGUCUUCCAGCCCAACAACCCUGUUCCCUCGACGAAAAUUCUCACCUUCUACCGCAAGGAGCCCUUCUCGCUCGAGGCUCACUACGCCAACCCGGAGCUGCUUCCCAAGGGCAUCAACCCUUUCCUUGGUCAGUUCACCGUCAAGGGCGUCAAGCCCACUGCCAGCGGGGACCACUCCAUCGUCAAGGUCAAGACGAGGCUCAAUCUCCACUCCGUACUCAACUUCGAGGGCGCUUACCUCGUCGAGGAGGUAGAGAAGGAGGAGGACGUCCCCGACCCGAACGCCGCUCAGGUCGACGGCGAGCCGCCCAAGACGAUCAAGCAGAAGGUCAAGAAGCUUCAGCGCAAGGAAGACCUCCCCACCGUUUCCGGUUUGGGCACCAAGGACGCCUCGAUCACGGCUGAGCUCAAGGAGCUCGAGGGUCAGAUGUACGCCAACGACAAGCUCGUCAUCGACACGGCUGACCGCAAGAAUGCGCUCGAGGAGAUGAUCUACGACCAGCGCUCCAAGCUCGACGGUGCGCUCCGCCCUUACGUCCAGGCCAAGGAGAAGGAACAGUACCUUGCUGCCUUGAAUGCUGAGGAGGAGUGGCUCUACUCGGACGAGGGCGACGAGGCAACAAAGUCUGCGUACGUGGAGCGCAUCGAGAAGCUUCAGAAGAUCGGUGGCCCCAUCGUUGCUCGUUUCAAGGAGAACGAGCUCCGUCCCAAGGCUGCUUCGGCGCUCCGUGAGACGCUCAACAGCUUCCUCGAGCAGGCACAGGGUGGCGACGAGAAGUAUUCGCACAUCAGCGAUGAGGAGAAGCAGAAGGUCAUCGAGAAGUGCGCCAACACCGCUCACUGGCUCGAUGGCAAGCUUGCCAAGCAGGCUGAGAUGCCCAAGAACGAGGACCCCAAGGUCACUGCGGCUGAGAUGAGCAAGCAGAGGGACGAGGUCCUCUACGUUUGCACGCCUAUUAUGACCAAGCUCAAGCCCAAGGCACCGCCUGCGCCUGCACCUGAGGCCAACGCACCGCCCAAGGAUGAGAAGAAGGCUGAGGAGCCGGCAAAGGAGGGAGAGGAGGCUAAGGCUGCUGAGGGUGAGGCGCCGAACAACAUGGACGUCGACUAGACGAGUGCUGAGGCGAG